GCAGCUGACGGGCUGGUGGCGAGUGAAGGCUCAGGUCUGCUCCCAGGAUAUGUCAUUUUGGUGACGGCAUUAAGCCAACGUUUGUUUUCGACCCCGAAACAUAUUCUGCCCCUACAACAUGACGUCAGCAGCAGCAGAGAUGACCGCCCGCACGGACUACCCGAUGACGUCACCGUCGUUCGUAAACAACAUGACGACACACGUGUACGACACGUACGACCUCUUCAUCCACCCCCACUGGUACCAGUACGACCUGAUUGCCCCGGCCUGGCACUACGCCAUGGGCAUCUUCAUCACCUUCGUCAGCAUCUUCGGCUCUCUGGGCAACCUCUUGGUCAUGUACAUCUUUGGAACUACGAAAUCUUUGCGAACUCCAUCGAACAUGUUCGUCGUGAACCUCAGCAUGAGCGACUUCAUCUUCUCCAUCAUCAUGGGCUUCCCUCUCAUGACCAUCUCCUGCUUCAACAAACGUUGGAUCUUCGGGAAAGUUGCCUGUGAGUUGUAUGGUCUGGUCGGUGGUAUCUUUGGUCUCAUGUCCAUCAACACCCUUGCCGUCAUCGCCAUUGACCGUUACAACGUCAUCGCCCGGCCAAUGAAAGCGUCUCACUCCCUGAGCUACAAGCGAGCGUUCUUCUGGUUGCUCUUCGUCUGGUGCUGGUCAACUACCUGGACAAUCCCUCCUCUGUUUGGCUGGGGUGCUUAUAUACCCGAGGGUUUCCAGACCUCCUGUACGUUCGACUACCUGACGAGAAAUGACUACUUCCGGUCCUACAUCCUGUGCCUGUACAUCUUCGGGUUCGCCUUCCCCGUCGCCGCCAUCUUCUACUCGUAUUACCACAUCUACAGGGCCGUGGCUAGACACGAGAAGGAAAUGGGUCAGAUGGCAAAAAAACUAAAUGCAGAAAUCCGCCAAGGUCAGAGCGCCCAGAAAGCGGAGCUGAAGACUGCUCGGAUCGCCAUGACCAUCAUCACAUCCUUCCUGCUGUCCUGGACGCCCUACGCCACCAUCGCCCUGAUCGCCCAGUUCGGGCCCGCCGAGCUGGUCACACCCUACGUGUCAGAGCUGCCCGUCAUGUUCGCCAAGGCCUCGGCCAUGCACAACCCGCUGAUCUACUCGCUGUCUCACCCCAAGUUUAGGGAGGCACUAGACAAACGGUUCCCAUGGUUACUCUGCUGCUGCGGUUUCUCGGAGAAAGAGAAGGAGGCCGCGUCUGCGGCGGUGACCGAGACCAAGUCGAAGAUGAACCGGAUGGACAGCGUCAACAGCGCCGCUGCCGGCGGCAACCAGAGCCAGAUGAGCGAGAUCAGCAACUUAGACAGUGACGUGGCUGACGAGCCGGAGCCAGCCGCCAGAGCCGGCAUGAAGAUGAAGAACAUCCCAGCCAGGAGUAGCGCACCGGCCCAGCAAGACAACUCGGCUCUGGUCAAGGAUAUCAUGCAGGCGUUAGCUGGCGCCAUGUCUGCUGCCCAGAGCGGCGGUCAGCAGAUGCCGAUGUACCCCGCCCCCCAGAUGAUGGCAGGACAAGACCCCCAACAGAUGCAACAAAUGAUCUACGCCAUCUCACAAGGCAUGAUGAACAACGCUAACUGCCAGAUUCCUCGACCAAUGGGCGUGGCCGGACCUGCAGCGUCCCCUACGUCCCAGGCGUCACCCGCAAACGUCAUCACCACCCAAGCUGACGUCACUGGCUGCCACACGAACAAGGCCUUCCAAGCCGACUAGAAUAAACCCAUUCAAUAGGAAACAUCUUUAAAAAAUUUACAACAACCCGGAUCUACCACGUCUGCAGAUAAUUUCAUAAUUCAAACUAAUUUUGGUGAUGAAUUAAAAUUUAAAAUUAAAAUGGUGUUAAAAACCUGGCAAAAAAUAUUGUGAAGUUUGAAUCGAAUUGUACAUGCAAAAAUUGGAUUCAAUCGCGAAAAAAACAAACAAGGCGUGCAUGUAUACAUGUAUUAUUAUUAGUUUGGUUGUACAGUUGUACGUGUGUUUGUGUGAUUUUUUAGUUAUUUAAUGACUGUUAACCCCUUCAUUUCCUGUUAUACACAUCACGUGUCUCUGUAAGACAACAAUCCAACGGGAACCUGCUAUAUAAAAAUAUCUUCUGUACACAAAAUAUUUUUCAUUGUUUUAUGUGUGAAGCCUGCACCCUAUUAAAGUGUGUUGACUUUUUAAUGCCGUUUUUUUUUUUUUAAAAGUCCUGUCUUCAUUGAUUUUCUUGAUUUCUCAGCGCAUGAAACCUUAAUUUAAGUAAACCUGGCAAGGGAAAGGGGAGAUAAAUUAUGGAAGUGUGUUUUAUGCAACGUGAAUAGCCCCCCCCCCCCAACUUGCGUUUAUUGUUCUUUUGAUUUAUUUCAAAGACGCACAGCUCCGCUUUGUAAAAACAAACACUUGCCCCCUAUCAAUGCUUCAAGGUGGCGACAUACACGUUUAUGUAUGUAAUAUAGACAGAUUUCCCCAUCAAAUUGUUACAAUGUAGCUGACCAGUGUGGCUUAGUCCCCCACCCUUUCCUUAGAGCCACCAAAUAUCUAAUUACAAAAAAUUAACCACGUUUUCCCAUCACUGUUAUUAUCAUUGUAGCAUACUUACCUAAACGUCUCUACUUUCAAUUCUUGUAGUGCAAGAUUUAGAAAAGACUAAUGACAAAUACUAAGUUUUCAAAAAAGGCUGCAAGAUUUAGAAAAGACUAAAGACAAAUACAAAGUUUUGAAAAAGGCUAAAGCAAAUAAAAUUAAAGAAACUUACGAAGGGAACUAACUACCGUUAGGACAGUAUGAACAUCAUUACUUUAUAAUGUCAAUAUAUUAUGAGAAAUACUAUUUUUUUCGCCACCUGUUUUGUAAAAGACAAUGUAAUUUUGUAUAAGUAGUUGAAUUUGACAAACGUAAGGCGAAGUUAGAUCAAUGUGGAUAAAAGAAAUGUUUAGAGAGAUUAAAAUCUGAAAUAUGUCUGUGAUUGUAACAAUGUUUAAAUAUUGAAUUAAA